AUAUACACGUGCAUCGAGCAUUUCGGACUCGAUUCCUUCUCCCGCAGCCCAUCUCGUCGACUUGGCUUGCAAGUUGCCUGUCUUUUGACCGCCGCCCGUCGAGGAACAGGACAAUGGCAAGCAUGGCGCAGCACACCACCGCCGCCACCGAGUUUAUCUGGCCGCACGACGCCGACACCGUGCAGGUCACCGGCGACUGGGACAACUGGUCCUCGCGGCACGACCUGACGCAUCGCCCGGGAGCAGGGUGGCACACGACCAUCAACCUUCCAGCGUCGACCAAGGUGCACUUCAAGUAUGUCAUUAAUGGCGACCAAUGGCUCACGCGCAACGACCACCCCACCGAGUCGGAUGCAAGCGGCAAUGUCAACAACUGGCUUGAGACCAGCAAAGCAGUCGUAGCCCUUACUCCCACUCCACCUGCAACAUCAGUUACUGCUGAAUCCACAGUGGACCAGUCGCAGCCUCGCCAUGAAGAAAUCGCCAAGUUCGCGCUGACCGAUGAACCCGCCGACGAAGGCAAGCGCAGCAUCGUGGCCGCUGCGACCCACGGCCUGCAGGCGUCCAGCCAGGUUGAUCCGGCGCAAGCCACCAGCGGCCAAGAGGGCAAGAAGGAUGUCCAGGACAAGUUGAGGCAAGAUGCUGGCGCGUCGCAGUCCACUGCCGGAGGCAUCAUCACCAGCAUGACGACUGCAGUAGACGCCGCGUUGGCCUCUGCCACCACUUCCGCCCCGGCCACUGCUGUUGCUGACAUUGUUACCGACGCCGCUGUGACCAAUGCUUCGGGCGCCUCCUCGCAGCCUGAGAGUGCAGCCCCUCAUAAGGACGCUAUGCCACUUACGGGCAACGCAGCCGCCUUGGAGCGAAAAGAGCCCUUCUCUUCCGACAUCACUUCCGUCGGGCUGACACGCAGCAACAGCAAGGCGUCUGUGUUGGCUAAAAUCGAUACCAACAAGGGCGGCGCGCUCUUCCAGAGGGCCAUGGCUGACGUGGCGAUGCAGAAGGAUCCAUCGCCCGCUGAUGCGGGCAAGACUUUCGUCGCGGGUGCUGCGGCGAAAGAAAGCCAGUCGCCCAGCACGGUUGCACCGACGCAGCCGACGAGCCAGGGGGACAAGAGCAUGGUUGCGGCCACGGGUGGUGCUGGUGGAGGAGCAGCAGCUCCGGGAGCGCAUGCAGGAAGGGUGGGCGGUCCCAAGAGGGCAGCAAGCAUUCGGAGCAACAGGAGCACAAGUAGCCAAAAAGGCAAGGCUGGUACUGUAGCAACGACCAAUGGCGGCGCUUCCUCUCAACAACAGCAGCAGCAAGCGGCAAAAGUGCAACCGCAUGCGCAGGCGCCGCCACCCCGCAACGCAUCGCGGCCGCAGCAGCUUGUAUCUGCCGGAAAUGCGCCAGCGGUGCAGGUAAGAAAGAGCAGCGACAGCAGCCGCGUGCGGCGAAGCCAUGAGCGCACCAACUCUGCUGCUGUUGCCAGCGCUGCGAACGCACGUGCUGGCGCGGGUGUUGCUGCGGGUGUUGGUGGUGCUGGUGCGCAGGCCCAGCGGACGAACAGCAUCAGCAAGAAGCGGAACAGCAACGCCAGCGGCGCCGCGGCCACGCUAGGGCGCAGCGCCGGCGCUUCCACGAGCAGCUACGGCAGCGGUCACGAGGAAUCGUCGGCGAGGAGUAGCACGGUGGGUGUGCAGGCCGGCAAGCGCGCUAGCCGCUUCGGCACGCCCAACAGCUCCACUUCUUCUCCUUCUGCGAAGAGCUCUGCCGCAACAGCAGAGUUCGGCGCAUUGGCGACGCAGGCGCCGAGCACGCCGCCGCGCGGGCGCAAGCAGAGCCUUUUCAGCAAGAUUAAGGACGCCAUCUCGCCCAAGACGACGCCCGAGAAGGCUGCGGUGGGUAGGGCCAGCAACCCGCCGACGCCGAGCAGGAACGGCCGGGCUUGAGCUGUGCACUGUUCAAAAGGUGGCUGUCGCGCCCACGGCCGCUGGUGCGUGUGUGGAGGGAGAAAGGAACAUUUUGUUUAUUUGCGGAAAGGUCCCCGCCUUUGCGCCCACUCGACAGGCACCCUCUGGUACAUAUAUCCGGCGUCGCUUUCGCCGCUGCACGACUUGUGCAGCCCGCCCUCCUCUCCGAUCUCCUUACCUCACUUCUCGUCGACUCGGCCGUUUUUGCAUGUCGAAGGCAGCACGCUCUCUGCUUUGGUUUACCUGCUCGCAACGCCCGCAUCUGCUGGGACUGGGGCACUUGCUUCGUAAAUUGGGGAUAAGAGGGGAAAGAUGUUGCACGGCGUGCGUGCGUGUUUACUUGGCUCGCC